CUAUUUCAAUGAAUUUUCCUUUUAAAUUAAAGGAAGUAUGUUCUGAUUGGCUGACAAUCAGUUGAGUGUACUUACCUUCAGCCAGGGUUGGGUAGUUUUGUUACAAAAAACAUGCGGACCCGCCUUUAGGUACGCGCCAUUUUAUUUCAAAGUUUAAACAUUUCGACAAAGGGGUUUUAAAGCCCCCAUUUUGGGAACUAUUGUUUUAAAAUUGAAGAACCAAAUCUGUUAUGCAUUUUGUCAAUGAAUUGUAAUAUCCUUUUACUUCUACGCCGUUGGUGGGUUUAGGUAUUAUUUUCUGUCUUUCAUACAAUCAGUUGUACGUAGUAUUGUUUUGCAUGCUAAACUUCUGAGUGCAUUUCAUUUGAAAUAGCUAGUCAUUCUGCUCCUUUUAAAAUUGUUACAGUAACAUUUUUUUCAUUGAAUCCAAGGAAAUAUCAUAAAAUAGUUAUCUCUACGUACAGUAUGGAACCAUCCACAUCCAUUUGUCGUGAGUGUUAAAGCACGGUAUAUUACACAUUCCAAAUCUGAAUCAUGAGAAUUAGAUUUUUUUGCUCAUUUGAAAAAUUACACCAGCUUUUUCAAUUUGAAAAUCUCAAUUUUACAUUCAAUAUGUUUAAUAUAUAUAUCUAUAUUUAAAAUCAUUAUCAGCUUAUUAUCACUUCCUAAAUUCCCUCUAGGGGCGCUUUCAACAAAUUAAUGACAUCAUUAACAUAUUUAUUUUAUAUAACAUCUCAUUGCCUUGUUCUUUCAUUAAAUAUUUGCAUGGCUUUUUUUAAUUUAUCACCUAGAUGUAAAAAAAUAUUUAAAAAUAUUAUAUAUUCUGUUAAAAAAAAAAGAGUGACAAAGAUGGUCUUAAAGUCCCUGGUCAAAUGAUCUUCUAUUCAAAAAUUAAAUUUUUAACUUUUUUACUAAAUAUAAAUUAUAUUAAAGUAAAAUAAAAUAUAAUAAAUAAAAACUUACAAAAAACUUUUCUCAUUUCUACUCAUGAAAAGAAAAGUAUUUAGUAGUUUUAUUUGUUUAUAAAAGAAAUCAAUGUUUUUCGUGUUUAUUCAUAAAAUCGUCUAAUCGGAAAAUAAUAUUCUAAUUAAUCAUUAAUAAAAAACAAUUGAAAAAAAUGUUAAUUACAAGAAAAUUUUUCUAAUAACGGCGCAACUCGCUAAUUGCGCACAUAAAGAGGAAAUCGAAAAACGAACCGCGUUGCAUUCUGGGUAGUAUUUGCGUCUGUAAUCAUUGCGCAUGCGUAUUAAACAAUUUUCGUGAAUCGUUUUCCGAACAACUACAGAUUUUUAAAUUAAAUUGAAAUUCUAGUAAAUUUUUCGAAUGUUUCGUCAUAAAUUUCUCGUUAAAAUUUAAAAUUAAAACAUGUUUUCGACAGGUAAAAUUGGGAAAUCUCGUGAUUUUUGUUUUAUUUCGAAACAAGAGGAAGGGGGCGCUUGCCUUUGCCCCUCGUUCCCCUUUAUGACAUGGUUAUGGUUUGAGGGGGGGUGGGGAGGAGGGUUGGGCAGCGGUGAAGGCGAAGGAACGGACGAGUCGAGUUCACAAAAUGGCGGCCAAGCUAAGGUUUGCGACCAUAUAGUACGUGUGAAAUCUGUAAUUUUUCUACAAUGUGGCGAUCUUAAGUAUCAAUUUUAGUGUAUUAUCGUAAGCGCGUGUGUUUCUGGAUUUUAUUAUUUUGAAAACUGUGCAAUUUUGUACGCUGUGAAUGUUCACUUAGAAUCAUUGUGCGACGCGUAGACAAGACGAUGCAGAAAACAUUAGAAUCGGAAUCUGGUAAAGAAUCUGGAUCAGAUUCUGACAAUGAAAGUAAAAGUGACAGCAGUUCCUCCGGAAGUAAGUCGUCUGGUUCCGGUUCAGGAUCUGAUAGUGAAUCUAGCUCCUCGUGUUCCGGUUCAGCGUCAGGUUCUGAAUCAGAUAAAUCUGAUAAAUCCGAAAAGUCUGAGAAAUCUGAAAAGUCUGAUGCACCUGCACAAAAUGAUAAUUAUCAGAGCAAACGAACGAAUAACAGCACUGAAACAAAACACCGACACAAAAGCGAUUCUAGUCGUGAAUGGGACGAGAAUCCUGAUAUUUAUGGCAUCAGAAGGUCCAAUCGGUCGAGGAAAGAGCCCGAUAGGCUCACGACACAACGUGAAAGCGACAGCGAUAGUCGCAAGAAAAUUAAGAAAAAAAGUACACAUAGUACGUGGAAUUCCGAUAGUUCAGAUUCAGAGUCAGAUGUUGAACGAAAGAAACCACCACCGAGUAAAUCGAUAAAUCGGCAAGCUGCUCAAAAAGCCAAAGAGAAAGCACGAGCACGUAAAAAACAACUUUCUGACUCUUCAGAGUCCUCUUAUGAUAGUGAUGAUCAUAGAAGACAAGUCACAAGAAGAACAGGAGCUGCUGUUAGUUACAAAGAAGAAAGCGAGGAUAAAACUGACAGUGAGGAUCUUGUGGAACAAGAUGAGACUGAAGUACCAGCCGAGCCCGAUAAUGCGGAAACAAUUGAACGCAUUUUGGGACAGAGAAAUGGAAAGAAAGGAGUUACAGGUAAUAUAACAACACUCUACGCCGUUGAAGAGAAUGGCGAUCCAAAUCCAACUGAUUUGGAAAAUGAAGAAACUGAGGUACAAUAUUUAAUAAAAUGGAAAGGCUGGUCACACAUUCACAAUACCUGGGAAUCGAAUGAUUCUUUAAAAGCCCAAAAGGUAAAGGGCUUAAAAAAAUUGGAGAAUUUUGUGAAAAAAGAACGUGAAAUUAAAUAUUGGAGGGAUUAUGCGGGACCCGAAGAUAUUGAUUAUUACGAAUGUCAACUUGAACUUCAACAAGAUUUAUUAAAAAGUUAUAAUUUUGUUGAAAGAAUAAUUGCCGAAUUCGAUAAACCUGAUUCAGUUUAUCCGGAUUAUUAUUGUAAAUGGGAGAGUUUACCAUAUGCCGAUGCAACAUGGGAAGAUGGUGCUCUCAUUGUAAAAAGAUGGCCGGAAAAAAUUCAAGAAUUCCGAGAUAGAGAGGACUCACAAAAUACGCCCAGUAAGCAUUGUAAAGUUUUAAAAUCGAGGCCAAAGUUUCAUCAACUUAAAGAACAACCCGAAUAUGUGGGUAAAGGGAAGGAAUUAAUUCUCCGAGAUUAUCAAAUGAAUGGUCUCAAUUGGAUGAUUCAUUCGUGGUGUAAAGAAAACAGUGUAAUUCUUGCCGAUGAAAUGGGUCUCGGAAAAACAAUCCAGACAAUUUGCUUUUUAUAUUAUCUGUUUCAUACACAUCAACUUUAUGGGCCAUUUUUGUUAGUUGUUCCACUAUCGACAAUGACAUCCUGGCAGAGAGAAAUGACACAAUGGGCACCAGAACUGAAUUUUGUGACAUAUCUCGGUGACAUUACAUCAAGGAAUGUUAUCAGAGACUAUGAAUGGUGUUUCAAAUCAAAGAAAAUAAAAUUUAACGCUAUUCUCACGACCUACGAGAUAGUCCUUAAGGAUAAAUUGUUCUUAGGUGCAUUGAAUUGGGCCGUUCUAUUGGUCGAUGAAGCUCAUCGCUUAAAAAAUGAUGACUCACUCUUGUACAAAGCACUCACUGAAUUUAAUACAAAUCAUCGACUUUUAAUCACAGGCACACCUUUGCAAAACAGUCUCAAAGAAUUAUGGGCACUGUUACACUUCAUUAUGCCCAACAAAUUUGUAACGUGGGAGGAAUUUGAAAAAGAGCACGAUAAUGCGGCACAGAAAGGCUACUCAAAACUUCAUAAACAACUGGAGCCGUUUAUUCUUCGUCGUGUGAAAAAAGACGUUGAAAAAUCCCUUCCGGCAAAGGUUGAACAAAUUUUACGUGUUGAAAUGACAUCGUUACAAAAACAAUAUUAUAAGUGGAUUUUAACAAAAAAUUACAAUGCCUUGAGAAAAGGCAAUAAAGGAUCAACGACGACAUUCUUAAAUAUUGUUAUUGAAUUGAAAAAAUGUUGUAAUCAUGCAUUUUUGACGAAACCAGCCGAUAAUGAUAAUAGAGAAUCAAAUGAGGAUUAUCUUCAGCAAUUGAUACGUGGUUCUGGAAAGCUUGUUCUACUCGAUAAAUUAUUGGUCCGUUUACGUGAAACUGGUCAUCGUGUAUUAAUAUUCAGUCAAAUGGUCCGACUUUUGGAUAUUCUUAGUGAAUAUCUUCAAAAGAGACAUUUUCCCUUCCAGCGAUUGGAUGGAAGUAUUAAGGGUGAAUUGCGAAAGCAAGCUCUCGAUCAUUUUAACGCUGAGGGUUCAACAGAUUUUUGUUUUCUCCUUUCAACACGAGCCGGUGGUUUGGGAAUUAAUUUAGCAACCGCCGACACUGUUAUUAUAUUCGAUUCCGAUUGGAAUCCACAGAAUGAUCUUCAAGCGCAAGCUAGAGCACAUCGUAUCGGUCAGAAGAAUCAAGUCAAUAUUUAUAGAUUAGUAACAAAGAAUUCUGUCGAAGAGGAAAUUGUUGAACGUGCCAAGCAAAAAAUGGUUCUCGAUCAUCUUGUCAUUCAACGAAUGGACACAACUGGUCGAACUGUUUUAGAUAAGAAGGGCAGUAGUUCGAAUAAUAAUCCCUUUAAUAAAGAAGAUUUAAGUGCAAUUUUAAAAUUUGGCGCUGAAGAAUUGUUCAAGGACGAGGAGGAUGGCGAUGAGGAGCCAACUUGUGAUAUUGAUGAAAUAUUACGAAGAGCUGAGACACGUGAUGAGGCGCCAACAACAGUUGGCGAUGAAUUAUUAUCGGCUUUUAAAGUUGCGAGUUUUGCCGCCUUUGAGGAGGAAUCAGAACCAGUGAAUCAAAUGAAUGAUAAUGAGGAUGACAGUAAAGAUUGGGCGGAAAUUAUACCUGAGAAUUUCCGUAUGAAAGUUGAAGAGGAGGAGAAAUCGAAGGAAAUGGAGGAUCUUUAUUUACCGCCGAGGAGUCGAAAGACAUUGCAGCAAAUAAAUCAAGGCGAGGGUAGAGGACGAAAGAGAAAAAAGGCGGAUGAUGAUGAGGAGAGUGAUGAUGUUGAUGAUUCGGGUAGUGAAGGCGAUGGAAGUGAUGAUGAUAGACCGAAGAAACGUGGUAGACCACGUGUCACACCACGUGAAAAUAUCAAGAGUUUCACUGACGUUGAAAUUAGGAGAUUUAUCAAGAGUUAUAAAAAAUUCCCAGCUCCUUUAAAGAGAUUAGACGAUAUUGCUGUUGACGCUGAAUUACAGGAGAAGCCACUUCCUGAAUUGAAAUUUCUAUCUGAACAAUUACGAGCGAGAAGUGAAACUUGUUUGACAGAAUAUGAGAGUGCUGCCCCGACGAAGGAAAAUAAAACCACCGCCGCUGGUGCUGCUGCUGCUACUGAUGAUGAUGAUGGUAAAGGAACAGGACGUAAACGUGGAAGAAGACCAACUUUCAAAUUGGGCGGUGUUAUGGUUAAUGCUAAAUCAUUGUCAGCUGCUGUCAAAGAACUCGAACCUUUGGAUCAAGCUCUACCAUCUGAUGCCGAGCAUCGAGCCAAUUGGCAUUUGGAUGUCAAAGUAAAACCAGCAAAUUUCGAUUGUGAAUGGACAACGGAGGAUGAUUCGAGACUAUUGAGAGGUAUCUAUCAACACGGUAUGGGAUCUUGGGAGGCAAUUAAAGCUGAUCCAAGUUUAAAGCUAAAUGAAAAAUUGCAAGGAAAUGGUAGCAAUAAAUUACAGUGGAAGAGAAUCAGUACUAGAGGGGAAUAUCUUUUGAAAGUAUUGAAGAAACAAAUGGAUCUCAAAUUAGGAGUGACAAGAACAAGAAAACCAAGAAAAACUAAAGAUGUUUCAAAAGCAAUUACGAAGGAAAUUGUUGAAGAAAACGACAGUUCUGGAGAGGAAAACAAAAAACCAAAGCCAAAGAUUGAAAAGCAGGUUAUACAAAAAAAAGAGAAAGAGAAAGAUAAGGAUAAGGAUAAAGAUAAAGAUGAAGAUGUUGUGGUGAAAAAGGAGAGCAAAGAGGAGGCUGAAACAGUUUCUGAGGAGAAGAAGAAGGAGAAGAAAGUGAAAAAGGAGAAAAAAGAGAGUAAGAAAAAUAAAAAGUCGAAGCAACCUGUAGGGCCAAUGCAUUUUACAGCGAAUAAUGAACCAAGAGCUCUCGAUGUUCUGGGCGAUUUGGAUCCGUCAAUUUUUAAUGAGUGUAAGGAAAAGAUGAGACCAGUAAAGAAAGCUUUGAAAGCUCUAGACAAGCCUGAUCAAUCAUUAAGUGAAUCGGAUCAACUGGCUCACACCAGAAACUGUCUUGUACAAAUUGGAAAUCAAAUAAAUACCUGUCUUUUGGAAUAUAAAGACCCCGAGCAAGUGAAAGAAUGGAGGAGCAAUCUAUGGUAUUUUGUUUCUAAAUUCACCGAGUUCGAUGCAAAGAAACUUUAUAAACUUUAUAAGCAUGCAAUUAAAAAAGGAGAUGGACACUCCAGUAUGACUUCGACGCCUGAGAAAAAAGAGGAAGCCACUCCUACAAAGAAAUCGGAGGAGAAAUCAGAGAAGCACUCGACGAAAAGUCCAGCGGACAAUGCGAAGGAAUCACGUCCAGUUAAAAGAAGAAUCGAAGAGGCCGAGGAGAAUACAAAUAAUUUCCCAGUUAAAAAACAUUUAAUAACAAAUACAUCGUUGAGCACUAUAAGUAGCACUUCGUCGGUGACAAUUGGAGGGAUAACAAUAACGCCAGUGACGUCGACGUCAAAUUCCACGCCAAGUACAACAAACAGUACUGGAGAAAUGACGAGGCAUAAGGAAUCAAAGGAACCGAUGAAGCACAAGGAAAUGAAAAGGGAUCGCGACAGAGAUCGUGAUCGUGAUAGAGAUCGAGGUCAUAAUGACAGAAAUAUGGAUCGAUUGAGUUCAAGUAAGGACGAGAGGAUUAGAAGAGACAGCGGUGGAUAUGGAAUGGGAGGACACUAUAGUGGAAGUCGAGAGGACGAACAUUGGAUGCCGAGAGACGGACGAGAUCAUCGAGAUAACAGGUUUGGAGAUCACAAACGAGAAAGAUUUGACAAUUACGGACGUAUGGGAGGAGGUGGAUAUCACCGCGAUCGAGAUCGAGAUCGUGAUCGAAUGCACAUGAAUGAAAAAAGAAACGAUUACUAUCGAUAUCAAUCGGGGCCACCUCCUUACGUUGGAUACGGUGGAUCGGGUGGUUACGGUGGCGGAGGCGGUGGAGGAGGAGGUGGUGGUGGUGGUGGUGGUUAUCCACCCCCUGAUAUGCCACAAAAUCAUUUUCGAGGCGGUAGAAAUUACUCCAACGAUGGUUACCAAGGUGAUUGGAGGUCAAACAAAGACUACAGACGAGACUACGAUCGAAGGCCUCCACCGCCAAAUGCCAAUUCCUAGUGCACUAAUUUUCUCACCGUCCCUCAUCAUAUGAUCAAACGGUUAUGAAUUUAUUUAAUCAUGUCAAGUCUUAAAACAAAAGCAUGCCCCAGUUUAAUUACAAAUUGCACCAAUUUUUAAAUACCUGCUGUUAAAAUACCGUCAAUAAUGGAAUUUGAUCGAAAAAUGAAUUUCAAUCAAUUUCUUUGACGAUCGGUGCAUGGACAAAUCUAACAAAAAAAAAUCCAAGAAUCAGCAGUAUAUUCUUCUCAUCAAAUUUUUUUUUUUUUUUUUUAUAGUAGAAAUUGAAAAUUAACUUAUAGCUCCAAUUGUGUUUGAUAUUUACAAUUAUUUUUUCAUAAAGACAUUUUAUGAGAUUGUUAUUGACUUUGAUAAAAUGCUUUUAAAUAGUGAAAAAGAAGAAACAGAGAUAAAAGAGAGCACUUUGCAUUUUCAGUACUAACUGUAUGCACUUGUAUAAUUUGUGAGAUUUUUUUUUCUCAUUUUUGUAUAACUGUUGACACAUGUUAGUAAUGUCCUGUCGAUUGACUAUUUAUUUCAAAAACUUGACAUAAAAAAGGAAAAAACAAAAACUGCUUAAACUCCAAUUUCAUAAGAAUACGAUUUUUAUUAAUCGGAAAACAUCCAUUAGUUUAGAUUAUUUGUAAAUAGAUAUUCAUAACUGAGAUCAAAGAGAAAUGAUUUUUUUUUGUACUCUUUGUUUUUUUUAUAAGAUUACAAGAGAAACUUUAAAUCUGCGGGUUUUUAUUGUGAUUUUCUCGACAAUGUACUUCUUUGGACAAUUGAAUUUACUCACAAACUGAAUAUUAAAAAGUGAAAGUUUCACGUUUAAAUAUUAAACGCACUCGAUUUUUUUUAUUAUUAAAAAGAAGAGUGUGUUUUCCUUAAAAGAAAGAAGAUAAAUAUGUUUUAUACUCGUACACGGCUUUUUGAAACUUCAUCAACACGGCGUAUUUUUUCUGUAUAAAAAAAAGCUAUUAAAUAUCUACUUUAUAUUUAUCAAAAAAAAAGGAGAGAAAGAGAGCGAACGAAUGAAACAUGUAUACUAUCUUGGUAUUGUAAAAAUUAAUUUAUGUCAGUAUCAUUAUCUUAUUCUUCUUCUUCUCUUUCAAAUGUAAAACUACGUAAAUACUUCGUAUACUGAUUAGAUAAUUUUUUUAUCAAAAGAAUACUAUUUUUUGUAGAUCAUUUUUAAUUCAUGGAAAUUAUAAAAUUUAUUUUUUUCUCAUUUAUCGUGAAAAUUUUUAAGGGUGCAUGCAUUGAUGUAAAUAAUGGUAAUGCAUUGAAUACGUGCAAGUUUCUUAGGAGUCAUGAAAAUUCACAAAAAAAAAAUAAUAAAAUAUAAAGAAGUAUACCUGCGAAAAAAUAGUCGCUGAGAGCGAAUAUGGAAAAUUAUGCGAAAUUGUCAAAUUGAAUGGCUAAAUUUAGACACGAAUGUUUAAAUGAAAGGUGAUUGCCUGAAUAUAGUGAACUGUUUAUAAUUUAUUACCGCUAGCGGAUUAGAAAUCAACAAAAAAAACUACUGAAGUGAAAAAAUACUGUAUAUAAGCGAAUAAAAGAUUGAUUAUUAACAUAAA